UGCCAACGAAGUAAAGUUUAUUGUGCAGCACAUUUUCAGGCGAUUUUGGAAGGAAAAUAGUGUGGAAGAACGACUUUUAACACCGAUUAUUUGCUUGAUUCUUAAAAAGAUUGAACUUUUUUAUAGUCAUGUUACCAGAACCUGCAAACUCGUCGUAUUCUUCGCCAUCGAAGAAGCGUUCAAGGUGUUUGUCUACUUCCAUGCAGUACAAGUAUCUUCGACGAAUUUUGAAAUAUCGACAUAUGGAUUUUGAAUUUGCUCUCUGGCAGAUGCUAUACUUAUGCAUUUCACCAAGGAAAGUGUAAGUAUUGUUGCUAUCUAUAUUGUGGCGGUACAUGUUGUGCUGCGUGGAUAUUUUUGUUUUGCACACCUGCUUUUGGUUGGAUGACAGCAAGAAUCCAGCUAAUACGUUGAACAUUUUCUUGCCUAAUAGGUGCAGCUGUUGUAACUUGACUUCUGUUUCUGUGCAUUCUAAUUUUAAACUACUUUCAUACUUUUUCUAUCCUACCUUGGUGUAUAAUUUUUUCUUUGCCAAAAUUAAUGCUUGUAGACUGCUAGCAACCCGCCAAAUAAGUUUUGCUUUCAAUUCCCCAAGGGACAAUUAGUCCCACGAGAAAUUGAAACCAUUACCUGUGCAAAAUUUUGUGGGGAAAACAAAUUGCAUUAUGGGGAACAUGAAAGUCGCAGGUAGUCGAAUAGUCGCAAAUAGGUGAACAUGGGAAAGAGGCCUGUGAGGUUGGUGGAGCCACAUCGUACAGGCUGAGCAUGUAUAGCACAUGUAACCAUGACAUCCCUGAAAGCGGCAACUAGCAGGUGGUAACGCACUGACAGAUAGUGUUGGGAGUUGGCUGAGAUUUCAUAAUAAUAUUGAUCAUCGGAAGUGAUCGGAUUGACCCACCUGAUCAAUAUUAUUAUUAGAAAAAACUCUUUAUAAGAAUUCUGUUUAUUUUUGCUACUGUACCGCAUUCGGAAAAGGAACAUCAGUGAAUUUGCCAUAGAGUUCAAGUAGCUCAGUGGUUAGAAUGUUGGAUCUAGAACUGGAGGGUUGUGAGUUCAAUUCUUGAUUGGAGCUCAGAAUUUUUAAUGUGCUUUAGCUGAUCAAAUUCUUAAAAAGACAACACACAAGUUUGCCAACAAGAAGUUAGUUUUUUCCCACAAUAAUCAGGCCGGGGAUUUUCCUUGGCUUCAUGUACUAUGAAUGUCACCCCUGGAUACUUUCAUUUGAAAAUAGAAGAAAAAUAAAACCAAAAGGAAUCCAUAGCUGUUUGAUUCCCCACCUACUUGUUGUAUUUACCUGGCAACUUGAAGUCCUAGUGACAACCCUGCUUAGCAUUAAUGACAUUUAAGUGCAUAACAUAAAUGCAGGUAAUUUGACCCCUUGUGUUAUUAGUUAUCUGCAAAAGACUCAUUAAUAAAUUUACAAAAUUUAUAAACUGAUUCAAAUGAUAUCGAUUUACGCACAAUAUUUCUAAGGUCACACUGUAUUUUCUAAAAUGUUAUCAACAUUAAUUUCUGUAUUUGUUGCCUUUUAAUUUUCUUAGAUACCGCAACUUUCAUUAUCACAAACGUGAGUAUACGUGCAUCCGACAUGUUUUGUUAUUUUAAUCACUAUUGUUUUUAAAAUUGGGUGCAGUUUUAUUAAACCAAUAAAGUAAAAUAGACAAGAGCUGAACACAGCACAUUUGACCAUGAAACAUUAUUAAGGUCAGAUUUUUAAAACUAGGAAUGUGCUUUAUUUAGAACAAGAAUAAAUAAAAUUAUUUAUAAUAUGAUAGUAUUGGAUCAAGUUGACUAAGACGUAAGAUGUAGGUUAAAAUAUCUGAUGUUAUGGUGUCUAUUUCUUACCCAGAAACUAAAGACCAGUGGGCCAGGGAUGAUCCAGCUUUUCUUGUGUUACUUAGCAUUUGGCUGUGUGGUAAGCUGCCAUUUGUUGCAACAAUCCCUGUGACUUCAAAUUGUUCACUAUUUGUCCAAGUUUGACACCCUCACCCAAGGCCACUUUUGGCUACCCUUCUCGAGGGCUGCCCCUAAGAUUUCAAUUUGCCUGGUACACUGAAUACACAGUCAUGGGGAAUUGAAAGGCCAGGAAGUUCUUGAUUAUUAUUUUCCUGUUGCUUGUGGGUCUGUUUUCUUUUUCUGUUGUCUUCCAGUCUUUUGAGUAAUUUCACCUGAUACCAAACUGCUUGUCUCCUUUUCCCAAUGAAGCAGUAUAAUUUUGCUUUCAGUUUUGUAUCUUCCUAGUUGUAUUAUUGCAGUUUCUUCCCCUCCAGGUAAAAAAAUGGGGCGACUUAAUUGUACAUUCUUGAUUGUCUGGAGAAUGUUGUUCUCCUUUUUACUUAAUAUGCUGUUAUUACUUUGUUUUUAAUUUGGUUAUUUUUCAAGGGAGUGAUCCUUGUUGUAACCGGCGACUCUUUGUCUUUCUUGACAGUGUCGUCAAUUGGCUUUGCUAUUGCACUUCAUAUUCCGUUUAUAGGAUUUUUGAAGUUCUUAUUAUGGGUUGUUUUUGUGGAUUGCAUUGGUGUUGGUCUCGUCAUAGCUUCAUUGCUAUGGUAAGUUAAAACCAUAUAUUGCUUUCAAAAACGUUGUACAACUACUGUCUGUGUACAAAAAUGCAGAGUUUCACUGAAGUUAUCAAACAUUGUCAGGGUUGGCAAGUGACUUUCAAAAUGACUUUGCAAUAAUGAGUUUUUACUCAUCAAAAUAAUUCGGCCAAGGUACAGUAGAUCCCUAAUCCAUCAAAUAAAUUAAUUUAUUCUACAUUAACUAAUUAAAUAUUAUUAGUUGUUUUAUCAGUUCCAAUAUUGACAUGAAACGUCAUUUUUCUGUUAUCAUUUUCAACUGUAAAUAACUCAAAUGAAACUGAAAAAUGCAAUAAUUUCUAGUACAGUCAGUAACCAUUUCUUCUAUAUUUAAACUUGCAUCCACUAAAGGAUACAAGAGUAAUAUGUAGUUAGUUAUCAAUUCUGUGUUUUGUUCACAGGUUCUUCUGCAACAGAUAUUUACGCAUAUCUACUGCCUAUGAUCCAGGCCAGAGAGUGGAGUGGGCAUACGCAUUUGAUGUUCACCUCAAUGCCUUCUUUCCGCUAUUGCUGAUACUGCAUGUUAUCCAACUCUUUUGUAUGCAGAGUAAAUACCCUUUGUUUGUUAAUGAAUUAUUCUGUACCUAUUUCAUUCUUACUAGUGAGUUAAUGCACAGUAUCUUUGCAUCACUGCGGCCCAAUGAAAUUUGCUUGGAGUAGGAGUUUGGCAGCUAGUACUAACACUUUCCACCUAAUUCACAGAUGCAACUUUUUGUUUAUGACUUUAUCAUUAUGGCAGAUUAUAAUUUCUGGACCUUGUGCCUACAUGCACUUCUGAUUUAAAGUUGAUAGCUGAUAGCUACAAAAGGUUUGCCACCUAAUUAUACUGGUAUCUUGCUCUUUCAGUAGUGUCAGUUUAAUGUUUUCUGGUUAAAGCACAGACUAUGCCAUAUCUUACCCAAACAUUAAAUGGAUAGCACCAUUUAUAAACAAACAGGAAAUGAAUAUCUAUAUUAAUAUAGUGGGAAUUCAAAUUCAGGCAACCUUUGUUAAGAUAAUUCAAAUAAUAAUUAUAUUUUAUAAAGGGUUCUAUUGACCUUUCAUUAAUUUUGUUAUCAUUCUUUUUUUAGUUAUAAUAGAUCAUCCACUGUUUAUUUCAAGAUUUAUUGGUAAUUCUCUUUGGCUGAUCGCUCUGAUUUAUUAUAUCUACAUCUCAUUCCUAGGAUAUAGUGGUAAGUUGAUUGAAGUGUCCUCUGAAAAAUUAAAAUUUAAAAAAUUGUCUUUUGUUGAUUUCUUCCCUGCCCCUGCUCAUAAACUCAUUUUUCACAUUGUCAAAAGCAUGAAGAAAAGUUUGGAGAUGGGAUUUUGGGGCCCUUAAUACACACACUGUAAUUAUUAUGUGCAUAUUGGCUUGAAUUAAGUGAGAUGAAAGUGAGGUCCUUGCACCCUUGAUUUUCAUUAAUUAAUUUUAUUGUUUUUGUUUUUUAUUCACAGCAUUGCCAUUUCUUCGUAAAACAGUAGUCCUGCUUUAUCCAGUCCUACUGGUCGUAAUAGGGUACAUUGUCUCCCUUGCUGUGGGUUGGAAUAUUGGUCAGGCAUUUAUGCAGUUUUACAGGUACAGAGUAGUGUGAUGUUAAAUGGAGGAUACAUUAUCUGCAAGGGGAAGACCAUAAGGAUGUACAUCUCCAGCCACUUGAACUGUUCAAUUGCAAGGUGGUCUGGAUAAGGAAUGCUCCCAUAAGAGUCCACGACAGCAUUUUAUGGAGACAGACAAAAUUCAGCGUCUUUUACCAACAAAGUCAAGUAUCACGGUUUCUGAGCCAGUAAGCUGCUAAGCGAGUGCGUCACUUCUGUUAUCUUUGCAGCCAAGAAAAUGAAGCUGUAGUACAGUUAUUGUCAUACCAAGGGUAUUUUACAUGGUAAUAUUUCUCAAGGACUGCUUUCUUUUGUGGUUUUAAAAAUUAACUGUUAAAAAUAUUUUGUACCACAAGACAUUAAAGUUCCAAAAUAGAAAAAUUUUAAAAUUGAUCACUUAGCUGCAAAAGUUACGGAUCAAUUAAGGUUUCUAGGAAACUGCCCACCUACCCCUCCCCUAACCCAACAUUUUGCCCCAAGUGAGAUGCAAAUGUUAACAUUGAGGUAGGGGAGGGGUAGGUGGGCAGUUUGCCAGAAACCUAAAUUAAUCCAAAGUUACCAGAACAUUCUGUGAAGAGAAAUCUAUUAUUGGUUUUGGAGAG